GAGCAUAUCCAACCAGCAAGCAGCGCGCGCACAGGCCUUGGGGCCGGAUACCCUGAACUCUAUCUGCUGAGGACUCCUGCCUGAAGUCUCGGUCUCCGAGGAGCUUUUCUAAUAAGGUUAAGAAAAUUACAAGGCUCAUGUCAGUGAAUCAGCAAGAUCUAGAUCCAGAUAGUACUACAGAUGUGGAAGAUGUUAGAGAUGUUGAAGAGGAACUUAUCAAAGAAUGUGAAGAAAUGUGGAAAGAUAUGGAAGAAUGUCAGAAUAAAUUAUCCCUUGUUGGAACCGAGACACUCAAUGAUAAAAAUGCUCAGCUGUCCUUAUUAAUUAUGCAAGUGAAAUGUUUGACAGCCGAACUUAGCCAAUGGCAGAAAGAAACUCCUGAAAUAAUUCCAUUGAGUGAAGAAGUUUUGACAACAUUGGGAAAAGAAGAGUUCCAAAAAUUGAGACAUGAUCUUGAAUUGGUACUAUCUACUGUUCAGUCAAAGAAUGAAAAGUUAAAAGAAAACCUGGAAAGGGAACAACAGUGGUUGAAUGAACAGCAACAGAUACUGGAAUCCCUUAACGCAGUAUACAAUGACUUGAAACAUGAGGUUGUCACGUUUUCUGAAUCAAGAAUCUUUAAUGAGCUGAAAACUAAAAUGAAUAAUAUAAAGGAAUAUAAGAAAAAACUCCUGUUUACCUUGGGUGAGUUUCUAGAAGACCAUUUUCCUCUGCCCGAUAGAAGUGUUAAAAAGAAAAAGAAAAACAUUCAAGACUCAGCUAUGGAGCUGAUAACACUGCAUGAAAUAUUAGAGAUUCUUUUAAAUAGAUUAUUUGAUGUUCCACAUGAUCCAUAUGUCAAAAUUAGUGAUUCUUUUUGGCCACCUUAUAUUGAACUGCUCCUGCGUAAUGGAAUUGCUUUGAGACAUCCAGAAGAUCCAACCCGAAUAAGAUUAGAAGCCUUCCAUCAGUAAAAAAAUGGUCGCUUUUCCACCCAGACUUUACAGAAUCUCGUCAUUCAAUGAUAAUGGAAGCACUGAGGAUUACUUGGCUAAAGCACCGUAUUUUCAAAUCAAAGAUCAUAGUCCAUUUUCCUUUUAUACUUAAACUGACACAUGCUGCCAUCUUUUAUUAAUUUAAAAAUAAUCCUUUCUCACUCAGUCUGUGUUUUGGUAUUUUAAACUGUAUGGACAAGAAUACAAGUGAAAAAUAUCUUGGACAUAAUCAUUAUAAAUAUUAAUGUACCUUAUCUGCAAACCUGUUUUGAAAAUUCUUUAGUUACUUAAUGAUAUUGCUAAUGUUAUAUUUUCCUUUUAAAAUUUAUGACUGUUUCUUUUAUGCAUUUUUAGUUCCUUUUGGUACUCACCUCCUUUAAAUUUAGGAAUUAAAAUGAAAAAGCAUUUAAUUUGCAGUGGUUUUAAAAUCGAUAUAUCUAAUGUAGAAAGCAGCAUAAUUUAGUUAGAAAAUUUGUUCCAUGUAUACUGCUUUAUGUUUAGAUUUCUUAAAAAUUUAAAUAUGAAAAACUAUGAUAUGAAAAGUAGUAUGGAAGUUAUAUUUUAAUAUGUAUUACAUAACAAAUGAUAUUAUAUAUUAAAGUACUUUUGAUUUUGUUGAUUUUUCCUAACAAAAUUGUGUUCAUCAAAUUUUGUUAAUUCUCAUGACUUUUCUGUAAAUAAAAUUCUCAUCUAAAAAUCUCUAGUUUUUUUGUGAUGUGGCAUAUUUUAACAAAUAGGACCUUUUCAAAAUGAAUUAUUGUGUGUCUUAAUCAGGCUAAGCUAGAAAAUGUAAGCUAACCUAAAAAAUUCCAAGCCCAUUUAAUAUUUAAUAUCAUUUGUUUUCUCAAGAGACUUGCUGCUCUAUUUGAAAAUGCUUUCUACUGUAUAUAAUCUAAGUUUCUUGCUUACCUUAAAUAAAAUACUUAAUCUUUUUUUAAAGUUAUCAAAUGAUAGUGUACAUAUACGAUGCCCCUUCUAUAGAAAACACAAAUACUGGUGUAUUUUAGAGAUUGUUAGUUCUUUUAUGGGGAAAUGACAUAUAAAAUACUUAACUAGAAUACUUCGGUUGGGAGUUGAAGGAAUGAGCAGUUUUUAUUCUUUGAAAUUACUGAAGAAGGGAAAAAUGGUUUUGGCAGUGUAAGCCUUAUCGUAAUUCCACAGAACAAUUAAUACUAUUGUGUGUGAAACUCUCUGUGUUGAAAAAUAUAGGAAGAAAUAUAUAAAGGCAAUAACUUGAUUCAUUUGGACUUUGUUUCACAUUUUAUAGAUCUACUGGUAAGAGUCUUUUCACUAUGGUAUCAUGAAUAAGGCACUUAGAGAAACCUAUGAUGAUUGCCUCUUUAUUUAAUUCAUUAACUGAAGCUUGAAUAGUGAGAUAAUUUGCUGAAUCUUUUGAUCUUAAUCAUGAGCAAAAUAUAGUAGAAUCAGUUUUGAUUUGUACUCCUAACCUUGCAGCCCUCGAAACUUUUUGAUGUUUCAAAGCCUAUAUGGAGAAAUGUUUCAGUUCUGGGGAUCUAUUUCUAUUUUCCCUUUUCAUUUAAGAAAAUCACAGAUAUCUAUUCAGAACUGAGGAUUUGUUUCUGUUUCACCAGGUUUUAAAUAUGAUAAUGCAAAAUAUUGGAAAGUAAUAUCACAUUCUAGCUUUUCCACAUCAGAUGAUGAUUUCAUCCUAAUUUGAAAACAAAAUUUGUUUGAGUCUACCACAAACUAUAUUUGACUUCACUAUUAGUUGAUGUGUAUGCACGGAUUGAUUUGAGAGAAAUUAAAUCUCUGUUUAGUUGAAAAUCCAGCCAAGUUGAAUAUGACUCUGUUGAGUCUUGCCAUAUGUUCUAUAUGGUUGUGCAUCUACAUUAACAUUUCUGAUUCCCCUAUUUUCCUUUUUUGUUUAGUUAACUUUUAGUUUACUGCUUUAUUGCUUU